AUGUACAUGUGCAGAUUAAAGUGUCCUCCUGUGCCCUUAGUGGUUACAGAGACUUUGCCCAAGCAUGGUGGCCUUCAGCCCCAGCAGACCGGGAGAGGCAGGCUGGCUGCCCGGCAGGCCCAGAAGCUGCAGAAAGCUUCUGAAAAGGUCAACAGAGCAAAAGCCAAGAUUGGGCAGCGGAGGAAGGAAUGGGCCAAUCUUCUGGCCAGCAAGCCCAGCGAGGCCGCAGAGGAUCCCCAGGAUGUGCAGGCCAUCCAGCACGCUCAGGAAAACAUGAGAGACUUCAAACUGAAGACUGCUGACGACUUCAGAGUCCCAGAACACUGGAAAAUGAGCACAGACCGAAAGAGAGCACAGCUGGUGACACUGGAGGAGGAG